CGACUGCCUCCAACAAGUCACUCCAGCUCAAGCAAGCUACUCCAAUUGCGACCAAGAUGAUGAUCAGCAAGACGAUCUAUGCAUUGUGUGCGGCAGCUGUGGCGUUCUCUGGUGGUACAGUGGAUGCGACGACGGAGGCGGCGGAGACGUUUGGCUGGCUAUUGCCGAAGAGCCAGAACACUGACGGUGGCUACGGAGGUACUAGUGUCGGCACAGACGGAUAUGAAGGCGCGUCCGCGGGGAUAAGUGGAUAUGGCGGACUGUCUUUUCUAAUGGCACUUGGCGGUCUCAAGGCUGGUGCUGGUGGCUACGGCGCUACGGGCGUGGAUCUCAACGCAAAUGCUGGUCUCGGUGCACUUGGUUACGGCAAUGCCAACGCCGGCGCCGGCCUCAAUGCUGGUGCCGGUCUCAACGUUGGUGCUGGCCUCAACGCUGGUGCGGGUCUUAACGCCAAUGCAGGAUUGAAAGCGAACGCCGGACUCAGCGCUGGUGCCGGACUCAACGCUGGUGCCGGACUCAACGCUGGUGCCGGACUCAACGCUGGUGCCGGCCUCAAUGCUGGUGCUGGUCUCAAUGCUGGUGCCGGUCUCAACGUUGGUGCUGGCCUCAACGCCGGUGCGGGUCUUAACGCCAAUGCAGGAUUGAAAGCGAACGCCGGACUCAGCGCUGGUGCUGGACUCAAUGCUGGUGCCGGUCUCAAGGCUGGCGCCGGCCUCAAUGCUGGUGCAGGUCUCAACGUUGGUUCUGGUCUCAAUGCUGGUGCCGGUCUCAACGUUGGUGCUGGCCUCUACGCCGGUGCGGGUCUUAACGCCAAUGCAGGAUUGAAAGCGAACGCCGGACUCAGCGCUGGUGCUGGACUCAAUGCUGGUGCCGGUCUCAAGGCUGGCGCCGGCCUCAAGGCUGGUGCUGGUCUCAAUGCUGGUGCCGGACUCAACGUUGGUGCUGGCCUCAACGCCGGUGCGGGUCUUAACGCCAAUGCAGGAUUGAAAGCGAACGCCGGACUCAGCGCUGGUGCUGGACUCAAUGCUGGUGCCGGUCUCAAGGCUGGCGCCGGCCUCAAUGCUCGUGCCGGUCUCAAGGUUGGUGCUGGUCUCAAUGCUGGUGCCGGACUCAGUGCUGGUGCCGGUCUCAACGCUGGUGCUAGUUUGAAAACUGGUGCCGGCUCAAGUGUGAAGAAGGGCACCAACACGGACAGCUACUCGAAGGGAACGAGUGCCAUCGCUUCGUUAGCCCCAGAGAAGCCAGCUAACCAAGCUUCUCAGAUGGCUACUCAGACGUUCACGAAGCCCAGCACCUACCGCCACCUGCGCGCGUAAACUCGGAAUGAGGUUCAUCCUUUCCAAGUCAGAAGAACGUCAUCCAUUACACUCGUCCGAUGUGUCGAGACAUUUACCGCUCCGUGCGAUACCAGUCCAAUGAAUGCUUUGUAGUAGUCGUCAUUUACGAUUUUGAAUGCUUUGUGAGUUCAUGACGCCUUUUGUACGA